AUGACUUUCUUUAGGCCUAAUAGCUGCAACUUGAACUUCAUUUUUGGCAACUAUAAUAUAAGCCUUCAAAAAAAUUCAAAGCAUUGUUUGGAGAUUUAUAUUAAUUCUUGGGUAUAUUGUUAUAGCAAUGAUCGGCUGGACAGUUCAAAGGAAAAAAUAUCCAAGUUUACUUUUAGAAAAACGGUAAAAAAUACGAUCAUUUUGUUUAAAUUUGCAUUUACUUUCAGAGGGAAAAGCUCUAAGAUUGCUCCGCUUAAGUCAGUAGAAUAA